AGUGGAGGCAUUUGUCCUCUCAAUGCCCAUUCUGUUUGGGCUCUUGAUUCUCCCCAGGUUUGUUCCUGUUGAGGACAGUCCUCUUCCUGUUCUAGCCCUAGGAGUGGGGGACAUAGCCAAAGACACCAGAGGCCUGAGUCCAAGGAGCACUCAGUAGGCUGAGGCCUACUAGGUGGAAUGUCUUUCUCUGCCACCCCCCUUCCAUUCCCCAUCUUCCCCUCUUCAAGAUAUGGAAGCUGUGGAGUGGGAGUUAAAAGAGGCAUCAUUUGGGCCCUUUUUUGACCUUUAUGGGGUUGGGUGGGUGUGGGUGAGUUAGUACUAGACAAUAAGCCUCCUUUUCCUCCAGCAAGGAAUGUUGAUCUAGACAAGGGGGCCCUGUCUUCUCUGAAGUAGGGGGCAGACUGACUCACAGCUUCUAUGCCCCUCACAAAUGCCAGAGGGUGCUAGAAACAUUUCCUCCUGGGGCCCUAGCUUACCCCAUUUUGGAGAGGGAGGGCAUAUUCUCUCUCAAACUACCUUUCCCCUUUUCCCCAUAUACUGGCCCACAUUUAUUCAUUUUUAUAUUCCCAUCUUCCUCUUAUCAGGUCCAUUUAUAUAUUUUCCUCCCUCUCUAACCCUGACAUUCUCUCCUGACCUCCUAAUAGAUCUUAGUCUCACUGAUGGGAAAUGGGGACUUGGGACCACUGGACCUUGCUGAAAGGAAGCUUCUGGGGUCUUAGGGAUUAUAAAAGAUGGGGAGAUACAGGUUGGAGAAAGCUCCUUUGCAAAGGUUUAUUGGAGUUGAGUUUGAAAAGUAUGUGAAAACUUGACCUUAAAUUUCCUGGCCUGGUGCUAACAUUCACAGGAUCUCAGCUAGUAGCAAAGGGAAUAAGGUGGAGGCGGGGAAGAGAGAGCAGAGAUGGGAGGCCCUAUAUCUAGCCCAACCCCUUCUCUCUUAGCUUUCCUACUUGAUCCUGCCUGAGACUUUUGUCUGCAGCAAUUCCCAGUGGACUGAGGGAGAGAGAAAGCCCAGGAUAGCAACGUGUGACCCCUCAUAUACAAGUGAUCAUGGGGUCUGGGGUCCGGGUUUUGCUGUGCUGUCUGCUAGUGGGGUUCUCAGUCCUGCUCUUUUUUGGGGGGCAGAGGGCAAAUGGGGACCGCCCAUACAGCAAGGGAGUUUGCUCCAGGCAGACCUUGGUGGUUCCUCUAAAAUACAAUGAAUCCUACAGCCAGCCAAUAUACAAACCUUAUUUGACGCUGUGUGCAGGUCAGCGUAUCUGCAGCACUUACAGGACCACAUACCGCGUGGCAUGGAGGGAGGUUCAGAGGGAUGUGCAGCAGUUUCAUGCUAUAUGUUGUCAGGGUUGGAAGAAGAAGCAUCCAGGGGCACUGACCUGUGAAGCCAUUUGUCCUAAACCCUGUCAGAAUGGAGGGAUUUGCAUUCAGCCUGACCAGUGUGAAUGCACCCCAGGCUGGGGAGGGAAGCACUGUCACAUGGAUGUAGAUGAAUGCAGCACUGGAAUCAUUCUUUGCUCUCAUAGCUGUUCCAACACCCUGGGCAGCUUCACUUGCAGCUGCCCAAAAGGUCUAGCUCUAGGGACCAAUGGAAGGACUUGCGAGGAGGUCCCCUCUGAACCACUUCCCAGUCCCAGUAUCCUUAGUUUGACAGUUCGGGAGGCGAAGAAAGAAAAGCAUUCCCUGAGGCUGAAGGUUGGAGAAUUACGUGGGCGGCUGGAAGUCUUGGAGCAGUGGGCUGGGCAGGUGAGUGCCUGGGUUCGAGCUGUGCUGCCAGUGUCUCCUGAAGCAAUCCGGCCUGAGCAGGUGGCUGAACUGUGGGGGAGAGGAGACCGCAUAGACUCGCUUAGCGAUCAAGUGCUGCUUCUGGAGGAGAAACUGGGCGCCUGUUCUUGUGAGGACAACAGCCUGGGUCCAGGUCUCAACCAUGGCACAUAAAAGCCCUUUUGGACAGCAACACUUUCUGUUUUCAGUGCCUACCCUUCACCUUCUCUGCCCAGGGAAAUUAUUGCUAAAGGAAUUAAAACAGCUGCAAAUCUGGACAGAAAAUGUCAUCUGCAUGCAGAAACAGAACUAAGGAGAUUGAAUGUAAAUCAAUACAUGCUAUGUUCACUUCUUUUUUCUUUAUCUUUCCCAUGGUUUUCCCCUUGUGCUCUGAUCUUUCUCUCCCAAUAAUUCAAAAAGCAAUAUGUAUUAAAAAUAAAUUUACUAUUAAAAAAACAAAC